UAGUCCUAGACUCUAUGUUCUAUAUUCAGAGAUCUCUCUCUUUUGAUACAUGCCAUUUUUUCUUUUCAGUUUUUCCUUUAACAUAUCUCUCCCUUUUGUGCAGGAAUGACAUCUUUGUGUUCCUGUUAAGCACACGAGCUGGAGGACUAGGUAUCAAUCUCACUGCUGCAGACACAGUGAUUUUCUAUGAUAGCGACUGGAACCCCACUGUGGACCAGCAGGCCAUGGACAGGGCCCACCGCUUGGGGCAGACAAAGCAGGUUACCGUGUACCGGCUCAUCUGUAAAGGCACCAUUGAAGAACGCAUUCUGCAAAGAGCCAAGGAGAAGAGUGAGAUUCAGCGGAUGGUGAUUUCAGGUGGGAACUUCAAGCCAGAUACCUUGAAACCCAAAGAGGUGGUUAGUCUUCUUCUAGACGACGAAGAGUUGGAGAAGAAACUGAGGCUGCGGCAGGAAGAGAAACGGCAACAGGAGGAAACCAACCGAGUGAAAGAGCGCAAGCGGAAGCGGGAAAAGUAUGCAGAGAAGAAGAAAAAGGAAGAUGAAUUGGAUGGGAAAAGGAGAAAAGAGGGUGUGAACCUGGUGAUCCCAUUUGUUCCCUCGGCUGAUAACUCCAACCUCUCUGCUGACGGAGAUGACUCCUUCAUUAGCGUGGACUCAGCCAUGCCAAGCCCUUUCAGUGAGAUCUCCAUCAGCAGUGAGCUGCACACUGGCUCCAUUCCUCUGGACGAGAGCAGCAGUGACAUGCUGGUCAUUGUGGAUGACCCAGCCUCCUCAGCCCCUCAGUCUCGAGCUACCAACUCUCCCGCAUCCAUAACAGGCUCCGUCUCAGACACCGUGAAUGGAAUUUCCAUUCAGGAAAUGCCAGCUGCAGGACGUGGUCACUCAGCCCGAAGCCGAGGCCGCCCCAAAGGUUCAGGAAGCACAGCCAAAGGAGCAGGGAAGGGCCGGAGCCGAAAGUCCACAGCAGGCAGCGCUGCUGCAAUGGCAGGAGCCAAAGCUGGGGCUGCAGCGGCCUCUGCGGCUGCCUAUGCUGCAUACGGGUACAAUGUGUCUAAAGGAAUCUCCGCCAGCAGUCCUCUGCAGACAUCCCUUGUUCGACCUGCUGGCCUUGCUGACUUUGGACCUUCAAGCGCCUCCUCUCCUUUGAGUUCCCCUUUGAGCAAGGGAAAUAAUGUUCCUGGGACUCCCAAGAACUUCCACAUGACCAGCAGCCUAGCCCCAGACUCUCUGGUCCGGAAACAGGGCAAAGGCACCAACCCCUCUGGAGGACGGUAACCAUCUGGGCCCUCCAGCUUCCUUCAACCAAACCAGGGCUAGAGUCCUGACCUGCCAGUGGUCUUUGGAUGGCUUGCCCCAUGCAGCAUCUUCCAUCCUGAGUCAGAAGUGGAAGUGUCCAGCAAGGGAAGAACAGGCAGGUGGAUGGUGUGAGCACUUUUAUCAUCUGUGUCUCAUCAGGAGCAUCUGGGGUGCCUAUAGAAGGAAGGCACAGGGCAGGGAUCAGCUCCACUGCAUCUCAAGUGAACUGCAUAGCGAAGUCUUAAACCUCUCACGGGGCAAGCCUGACAUAGACCCCCCUUUAGAUGCUCAGGCACACUGUUUCCAUCCCCAUUCCACUCUUCGGCUCUGACACACCCCUUGCAAAGUCUCCGCAGGUGCUGUGAAGAGCCUUCCAUGGUGGAGAUUUCUCUUACAAUUGUGAUUUCUCGUAGGGCUAGUAAGGGAGGAGAUUGUGUACCUGUUGUCCACAGUCUUCAGGCAGCUCCCCAGGUCUCUGAACCCCAUUUGCCAGAGUGUCAUCAUUAAAGAGAGCAGUGACUGCAAGAGAUGGUGGAGGCUGCUAAGCAUGACAGGCUAGAGGAAGUAUCCACAGGCAGUUGUGUUCCCAGCAGUUCCUCCCCUGUCCUGCAUGGUUCACACCAAGAGAACCUUCAGAUCCCACCAGCAACAGUAGCACCUUCCACCCAGGGGACUCACAGAAGCCAGUAAAGAGACCAGGAGCCACCUCAAUCAGCAGGACAGCCUCACUGCCCCUCUCGCAGACUCCCCUUUGCCUGUCCUGAAUGCACAGUCUCCCUGCUCAUCCCCUUCAGCCCCCUGCUUGGCUGUAUGCACUGUCUAUAUUGCACUGAGGAAGGGACAGCAGGAAUGAGGUGGAGAGGGCGGAGGGAGGGGGCAGGCUCGGCACCGGCCCUCGCAGCCCCAGCCCGGCCAGCCUGAGCUUGCUGCCCUCCGGCAGAGACAGAGGGGCAGUGUUUGCAUGGGAGGUGUUUAUGCCUGCCCUGCCUGAUGUCCCUGGUGGAGCAGGUGCCUCCGGGCGGGAAAGCCUCUAAUUUGCACACCUGAAAAUCGCGGAAUUGAGUUUAGAUAGAUUGAUUUUUAAAACUUUUUUUUGGAGUAGGGGGCAUAGGGGAAUCAUUUAAUUUAAAUCAUUAAGAUUCCCCUGCUCAAACCCAGACUCGUGUGUACAGAUGCUAUUUAGAGGGAAUCAGAAAAAUGCCAAGCCUUUUUUCUCUUUGAAUGUGCUGUCUAUUUUUAUAACUGAACUUGUACAUAUGUAUAAAGAGAGACACAUCUUCCUUUUACUAACUGGAUAAAAAAAAUCUUAAAUAAAAUGGAGUGAGAUAAUUUUAUGUAAA